CUUUUGCAGCCGGGCAGCAACAGCGCACAGAGAGAAAGCAAGGCGUCCCUGCCUAUCACGAGCCUUUCCCGCUGCUGGUUGCCGCCUCCGCCGCGGGCGCCUGCCUCACCUCGCUUUCCCUCCCUCCCUGCCUCCCCAGUCGUCAGUACCACAGGACGGAGUGGGGCCGCUCAAAGGACUGGUGGACGGCAGCUGCAGAACCAGCACCGACCUCUUCUUCCUUCUGCCAAGAUCGCGGCCAGAGUCCUGGGCUGGAGAGAGUCAUGACAGCUGAAAAGGCUAUCCCUAUAAUUAACGGCAAACCAGAAGAUGCUCUGGAUCCUGAAGCCUCCAGCACCAAUUUGGUCCACCGCAACGAUAAGAAGGUGCAUGAAAGAGGCCAUUGGAACAAUAAAGUUGAAUUUGUGCUAUCUGUGGCAGGGGAAAUUAUUGGGUUGGGGAACGUGUGGCGAUUCCCAUAUCUCUGCUACAAAAAUGGAGGAGGUGCCUUCCUUAUACCCUAUGUAGUUUUCUUUGUCUGCUGUGGAAUACCUGUGUUUUUCCUGGAAACUGCUUUGGGCCAGUUUACUAGUGAAGGAGGAAUUACGUGCUGGAGAAAAGUUUGCCCAUUGUUUGAAGGGAUUGGAUAUGCCACCCAGGUUAUUGAGGCACAUUUGAAUGUUUACUAUAUCAUCAUUUUGGCAUGGGCUAUCUUUUAUCUAUUUAACUGCUUCACAGUGGAGCUUCCCUGGGCAAGCUGUGGUCAUGAGUGGAACACAGAACAUUGUGUGGAAUUUCAAAAACUUAAUAUGAGCAAUUGCACUCAACAAUAUUUACAGAAUGCUACUUCUCCGGUAAUGGAAUUUUGGGAACGAAGAGUGUUGGCCAUAUCAGAUGGCAUUGAACACAUUGGGAAUCUCCGCUGGGAACUGGCACUAUGCCUUCUGGCUGCCUGGACUAUCUGUUAUUUUUGCAUUUGGAAAGGAACAAAGUCAACUGGCAAGGUCGUGUAUGUAACAGCUACAUUUCCAUACAUCAUGUUGUUGAUUCUACUGAUUCGAGGAGUAACGUUACCUGGGGCCUCUGAAGGAAUAAAAUUCUACUUGUAUCCUGACCUCUCUCGCCUUUCUGACCCACAGGUCUGGGUAGAUGCUGGAACACAGAUAUUUUUCUCCUAUGCCAUCUGCCUGGGAUGCUUGACAGCCUUAGGAAGCUACAAUAACUACAAUAAUAACUGUUAUAGAGACUGCAUUAUGCUCUGUUGCCUGAACAGUGGUACAAGCUUUGUGGCUGGUUUUGCCAUCUUUUCUGUUCUUGGCUUUAUGGCUUAUGAACAGGGCGUUCCCAUAGCAGAAGUUGCAGAAUCAGGACCUGGGCUUGCUUUCAUUGCAUAUCCAAAAGCUGUAACAAUGAUGCCUCUUUCUCCAUUGUGGGCAACUUUAUUCUUCAUGAUGCUCAUAUUCCUUGGAUUAGAUAGUCAGUUUGUGUGUGUUGAGAGUCUUGUGACAGCAGUGGUGGAUAUGUACCCCAAGGUUUUCCGGAGGGGAUACAGGAGAGAAAUGUUGAUUCUAGCUCUUUCAAUUGUGUCUUACUUCCUUGGUUUAAUCAUGUUAACAGAGGGAGGAAUGUAUGUUUUCCAACUAUUUGAUUCUUAUGCUGCUAGUGGAAUGUGCCUUCUUUUUGUUGCUAUAUUUGAGUGUAUCUGCAUUGGCUGGUUUUAUGGAAGCAAUCGGUUUUAUGACAACAUCGAAGAUAUGAUUGGGUACAGACCACUGAUAUUGAUUAAAUGGUGUUGGAUGUUGCUUACUCCUGGCAUUUGUGCAGGUAUCUUCAUCUUUUUCCUGGUGAAAUAUAAACCUUUGAAGUACAACAACGUAUAUAUAUACCCAGACUGGGGCUAUGGUAUUGGGUGGAUGAUGGCUCUCUCCUCCAUGGUCUGCAUUCCUUUGUGGAUCUGUAUAAAACUGUGGAAAUCAGAAGGAACCAUCUUAGAGAGAUUCAGAAAACUGAUUGUAGCUAGCCCAGACCUGAAAAUGAGAGGGAAGCUCAGAGCUGGCUCAUAUGUUGCUACAGUAAAUGACUACGAUGCCAAACUGAAAGGUGAUGGCAACAUUUCAGCCAUUACAGAAAAAGAAACACACUUCUAA